AUGGUAGACUAUACUCCAGCCGCAAACACAAACUACAAGGAAGCAUUUGCUCUCUUCGACAAAAAGGGAACCGGCCGUGUCCCAACAUCAUCUCUCGGCGAUCUCCUACGAGCAUGUGGUCAAAACCCUACAAUGGCAGAAGUCGACGAAGUCGCUCAAGGUGUCAAGGGUGAAUUUGAUUUUGAGACUUUCUUAAAAAUCUUGAACCGUCCGGGAGGUUUCCGUGAUCCUGGCCCGCCAGAGGAAUAUAUUCGGGGUUUCCAGGUGUUCGAUAAGGAUUCUACCGGAGUCAUUGGUGUUGGGGAACUCAAAUACGUUUUAACCACACUCGGGGAGAAAUUGACAGAUGCUGAAGUAUCGGAGCUGUUGAAGGGAAUGGAAAUCACGGGUCCGACUGUUAACUAUAUUGAUUUUGUCAAAAUGAUUCUCGCAAAUUAA